AUGCUGCGAUCUACCGUUCGGUUGGUGAGGAAAAUGUUUCUACCUUUCUACUCCAAGGAACGCGGCCCGCCCAAGAUCCGGCAGCAAGUGGUGGGAACGAGGGGGCGCAGGUUUUUCAAGUUGGUGGCAUGCAACCAACGCGAUCCGCAGAACGGCAAGCACAUGGAGGUUCUGGGCAGCUAUGCUCCGAAGGUCAAAUCCAACAUCAAGGAGAUUCGGUUUCGUUUCUCCAGAGUGAAGUUUUGGAUCGGCGUUGGUGCGCAGUUCAAUCCAGGAACAAGGCAAUUGCUUGCCCUGGCUGGGCUAAUCCCGACACCUCCGCCCCUCUUCGGACAUCGGACAAAAGGCCAUUACAAGGAGCUGCAGCAGGUUCUUGACCUCAGACAAGAAGCUCACGAGGCCGCUGUGCAGGAAUAUCACAAGCACUCCGGUGUGAAGGGCAUCCAUGUGCGCUGA